AUGUUCCACAUAAACACUUCCACUUUCCACCCAGACACCUUUUUUCUGACAGGCAUCCCAGGACUUGAGAGUUCCCAUGGCUGGAUCUCCCUGCCUUUUUGCUCCAUUUACUUAAUGGGCAAUGUUCUGUUGGGCAAUGCUACGAUUUUGCUGAUCAUCUGGUCUGGCCGUACUCUGCGGGAUCCUAUGUUCUACUUUCUAGCCAUCUUAUCAGCCAUAGAUCUGGCCCUCUCCACAUCCUCAGUGCCCCGAGUGCUGGGUAUCUUCUGGUUUAAUGCACAUGAAAUUGGUUUUGGAGCCUGUGUGGCUCAGAUGUUUCUGAUACACACCCUUACAAGAAUGGAGUCUGCUGUUCUGCUGGCUAUGGCUUUUGACCGCUAUGUGGCUAUCUGUGUACCACUCCACUACACAACCACCCUGACACCCCAAGUGCUAGCAGGCAUUGGUGUGGGUAUUAUAAUGCGUCCUGUCCUGCUUAUGUUGCCCAUUCUCUACCUAACCCAUCGUCUGCCCUUCUGUGAGACUCGAAUUAUUGCCCACUCCUACUGUGAGCACAUGGGCAUUGCCAAGUUGGCCUGUGCCAGCAUUCAAUUUAAUGCCAUUAAUGGGCUUUUUGUAGCUUCUUUUCUUAUUUUGCAUGUGGCAUUGGUUGGAAUCUCUUAUGCCUACAUCCUCCGUGCAGUUUUCUGCCUCCCAUCUCGAGAUGCUCGUCACAAAGCUCUGAGUACAUGUGGGUCACACAUUGGGGUCAUGUGUGUUUUCUAUACACCUUCUUUCUUCUCCUUCCUCACCCACCGAUUUGGCAAAAAAAUUCCCCGUUAUGUCCACAUCUUGGUUGCCAAUCUCUAUGUGGUCCUCCCACCUGCUCUCAAUCCUAUUAUCUACGGUGUGAGGACAAAGCAGAUUCGUGAGUGUGAGAUCCGUGUUUUCUCCUCAAAGUAG